GAUCUUCGCCGUGUUCCGUUACCAAGACAAUCACGGAUUACGAGGCUCGUUGUUCCGUCCCCGCGUCUCCCGUUAAAGGAGUCUCGGGAAUGUCGAACCCCAGGAAAGACUUUGACGUUAAACAGAUAUUGCGCAUCCGAUGGCGAUGGUUCGGCCACCCCACAUCUCCUCCUCCUCCCGGUAACCAACCUUCGGGAGAUCUUUUCAGCAGCAGUCGGGGCACCGGGGGCUCCUCAUCCUCCGGCGGGGAUCAGCCCUCUCUCGGCGGCUGCAGUAGCUCCAAUGCUGCCGCUGGUGCCAGCUCAAAUAAUGGCAACUCUUCCUCAAACAUCAACAAAACCCGAAAGUUUGGGGAUUCGGGUCCGAGCAGCGGGCACUCAGCGGUGGUGGUGGUGAGCGCCUCCGCGUGUCCUCGGUCAAUGAGCCAGCAGGAGUGCCGGAGCCCUCCGCCGGUGCCUUGGGUCUUCCCUGCCCACUCGCGCUCCAGCGAGAGCCUGGAUCCGCUCCAGCAACAGCAACAGCAGCAGCAGCAGCAGCAGCAGCAGGAGCAGCAGCAAGAGCAGUCCACGCGUGUAUCAGACGCUCCUGGCCCUGGAGACGAUGAGAACAACAACCACAACGUGGAGUCUGACUCGAGCUCCUGCAGGACAUCCAACAGCAGUGCGACUUUGUCCUCAUGUGCGUCGAUGGAGCCGUGUGUGUCAGAUGAACACUUCCAGGCACACAGUCACGCUGAACACACCUUCAGACGCAUGGAGGCCUACCUGAGGACCAGGAAACUCUGUGACGUUGUGCUUCUUGCCGGGGACCGCAGAAUACCUGCACACAGGCUGGUUCUCUCAUCAGUGUCUGAUUACUUUGCGGCCAUGUUCACCAGUGAUGUCCGAGAGGCAAAACAAGAGGAGGUGAAAAUGGAGGGUGUUGACCCAGAUGCAUUAUGGAUCUUAGUACAGUAUGCUUACACAGGCCGUUUGGAGUUAAGAGAGGACACUAUAGAGAGUUUGUUGUCAGCAUCCUGUCUUCUGCAGCUGUCUGCAGUGGUGCAGGCCUGCUGCAGUUACCUGAUGAAACAGCUUCAUCCAUCCAACUGUUUGGGUAUUCGAUCCUUUGCAGAUGCUCAGGGUUGUCUGGACCUUCAUAAGGUGGCACAUAACUACACUAUGGAGCACUUUAUGGAGGUCAUGAGGCAUCAGGAGUUUUUGCUCUUGCCUGCAUGUGAGGUGGAGAAGCUGUUAGCAUCUGAUGACAUGAAUGUGCCAGAAGAGGAAACUGUGGUAACGGCCCUCCUCAGCUGGGUCCAGCAUGACGCGCCCACCCGUCAAUCACAGUUGCCUGCUCUCCUAUCUCACAUCCGCCUACCCCUGCUUAAACCACAGUUUUUGGCAGAUAUGGAGGCAAAUCCAUUGUUACGGGACAGUGUGGAGUGUCAGCGGUUGGUGAUGGAGGCCAUGAAGUAUCAUUUGUUGCCAGAGAGACGGCCGCUCCUCCAAAGCCCAAGGACACGGCCGCGCAAGGCCACUGUAGGAGCACUUUUUGCUGUGGGUGGCAUGGAUGCUACAAAAGGGGCCACCAGUAUUGAGCAGUACUGUUUACGGAGAGACACCUGGCGGCAGGUGGCUGUCAUGAGUGGGAGGAGGCUGCAGUUUGGUGUAGCGGUCCUGGACAACCGUUUGUAUGUGGUGGGGGGACGAGAUGGCCUGAAGACCCUCAACACGGUGGAGUGUUACAAUCCCCGCAGCAAGAGCUGGAGCGUCAUGCCCCCCAUGUCCACACACAGACACGGCCUUGGUGUUGCUGUGUUAGAAGGCCCCAUGUAUGCAGUGGGAGGUCAUGACGGAUGGAGUUAUCUCAGUACGGUAGAGCGCUGGGACCCUCAAGCUCGCCAGUGGAGCUUUGUUGCAUCCAUGGCAACACCUCGAAGCACUGUGGGAGUUGCAGUCUUAAACAGCAAGCUGUAUGCAGUAGGUGGCAGGGAUGGAAGUUCAUGUCUGAAAUCAGUAGAGUGUUUCGACCCUCAUACCAACAAAUGGAGCAGUUGUGCACCCAUGUCUAAACGCAGAGGUGGUGUUGGUGUAGCAACGUGGAAUGGUUUUCUGUACGCUAUUGGUGGCCAUGAUGCCCCAGCCUCAAGCUUGGCAUCACGACUGUCAGACUGUGUAGAAAGGUACGACCCAAAGACGGACAUGUGGACAGCAGUAGCUCCCAUGAGCCUUAGCAGGGAUGCGGUAGGGGUGUGUCUUUUAGGGGACCGUCUCUAUGCCGUGGGUGGUUAUGAUGGCCAGGUGUACCUGAACACUGUGGAGGCCUACGACCCCCAAACCAACGAGUGGACACAGGUGGCGCCAUUGUGUUUAGGUCGAGCCGGAGCCUGCGUGGUUGUCGUGAAGCUUUGAAAUGCCUCUUGCUGUCAAUCAUCUCCAUGGUGACCAUCCUGGAAUUAACCUACAGUGCUUUUGAUGUAGUGUUUAUGGACAGAUCAGAACAUCUGCUGACCAGAGCAGAGAUUAUCACACACACUAUGGCACACAGCAGAGUACUCAACUGUGGUCUCCUAGUAUGUAUGUAUCUCAUAUAUGUCUAUUUUAUGGCUAUGCACAUUAAGAACUAGACUUCCUCCUAUUCUGUGGCUGAGAGGGUUGAACAAUUUUAAUGGCCAUUCAUUCAUCUGUAAUCCCUCCUUUUAACCCCAUCUUUUCUCAUCUUUGGCUACGUUCACACAGUGUUUAAGAUUGGAAUGUUUGGUAUUAAUAGGUGUGACUUUCAAAUCGUCCGGUACAAACAUCAAGUUAUAGGAGGGUCUAGAAUAUGUAUGUGUGAAUGAGUAAAGGAAGUCAAUCCCUUUUCCUGUUUUCCUAAAAGCAGUGAAUAAUGCAUGUACUGUAACCAUAAUGAUAGUGACCUAAGAAAAUAUUAAAGAUGGCAACUUCCAUAACACCAUAACAAUUUACAUAACAUUAUGUAUUAAACAAGUCCAAUCGAGAUUCAAAUUCAUCUGUUAAAUCUUAAAAGAAUUAGUUCACCCAAAAAAUUUAAUUCUGUCAUUAUUUACAGUACUCACCCUAAUGGGCUCCAUGGAACACAUUUUUUGCUUGAUUUGAAAGUGAGCAACAACUUAAAUUUUGUUCUCAUAUUGCUUCAGAAGACUUGGAAUAUAGUGCAUGAGUCAUUUUAAUUACUUUUUUGUUUUUACACUUUACCGUUGUCAGUCUUGCUCAUAACCAAACUGUGUUUGAACAGAACCAUACUCUAAAACAGGACUGGUCACUGUAUUCUGUUACUGUUUGAAUGUAGCCUUUUGAUCUCAUUCUCUCUGCCGACGAGAGAAUAAUGAGUGUUAGUAUGAAUAUGAGUGUGUGUUGUGCUCUCAGGGGACGUAUAGAAAUGAUUAAAAAAAACUCUUAGUCAAUUAAAAAAUAUAACUGGAAUAUGUGCAGCCAAAUGUUCUCUCUAGAAAUUAUCUGUCAUCUAAGAAUAGCCUGAGUGCAGUUUAGUGUCUCAGGGGGAAGAAUGAGAGAGAGAGAGAGAGAGCGAGAGCGCAGGAAAAAGUGUAUGCAUUUCCUCCCUCCUAUUUUAAAAGCAAGCAUUCUUAAAUGGAUAGUUCACACAAAAAUGAAAAAUCCCUAAUCAUUUACUCACCCUUAUGCCAUCCCAGAUGCGUAUGACUUUCGUUCUUCUGCUGAAUACAAACUGAAUAUUUCUGCUCUGUAGGUUCUCACAAUGCAACUAAAUUGGUAUCAAAGCUCCAAAAUUGACAUAAAGGCAGCAUAAAAGUAAUCCAUAAGAGUUCAGUGGUUUUAUCUAUAUCUUUAGAAGCAAUAUGAUAAGUGUGGGUGAGAAAUGUUUAAUCAAUGUUUAAGUUCGUUUUUACCAUGAAUCAGUAGGUGGCGAUAUGCACGAAGAACGCAAAGCAGCAAAAACAAAAGAUUUACAUUUAUUAAUUUGGCAGACGCUUUUAUCCAAAGCGACUUAAAAAAGAUGAAGAGCGUGAAAGUGGAGACUGAUAGUAAAAAGGGCUUCAAUAUUGACUGUUUCUUACCCACACCAAUCAAAAUGCUUCUGAAGACAUGGAUUUAACCACUGGAGUCUCAUAGAUUACUUUAUGCUGCAUUUAUGUGCAUUAAGGUUUAUAUUAUGAAUUACAGUGGUGCGCUAACCCACAUAUUUCUUCUCCAAAGAUCCAUAAGGUAUACUCAUAGUUAUUAUAGGGAUGUUAGUUGCUGGGUUUGGAAUCUCAGCACAAGCAAACCAUUCCAGAGUUCUUUUAAAAUCAGACUGAAACUACCACAUUGAGGUGGUCUAAGACCGAUUGUUUUGGUAUGGAUCCAAGUGCGAUUGCUGUGUUCAUAUAUGCCUAAACAAACCAAACUAAGGGAGGAAAGGCACAAGAUUUCAAAAUCAAAUGUUACAAACAAACUAUGUGUGAAAAUGCCCUUAGCGCCCAAGUAAGAAUUUAAUAUACACUGAUGAGCCAACACAUUUUGACCCCUCACAUGGCCAGACAACUGAAUCAAAACAUUUCUGAACUGCAAUGUUUGUGGGGUGCUUCCGGUCAGCAGUGGUGAGAACCUACUGACAGUGGUCAGAGGAGGGACAAACCAAAACCACUGAAAGGGUGUUGGGCUCCCAAGGCUCAUCGAUGCGCGAGGGCAACGAAGGCUGUCCCAUCUGGUCAGAACCGACAGAAGGUCUACUGUACAAGUCACAGAAAAUGUUAAUAAUGGUUACGGUAGGAACGUGUCACAAAAACAGUGGAUUGCACCCUGCUGCGUAUAGUGCUGUGUAGCCACAAACCGGUCAGAGUCCCCAUGAUGACCCCUGUCCACUGUCGAAAGUGCCUAAAUCGGCCACGCGGGUGUCGAAACCGGACCUUAGAGCAGUCGAAGAAGUGGUCCGAUGAGUCCGGUUUUCUUUUACCUCACAUGUGCAACCGUGUACGUGUGUGCUGUUUACCUGGGGAAGUGAUCACACCAUGAUGUACUGUGGAUCGAUGACAAGCCAGUGGAGGGAGCAUGAUGCUCUGGGCAAUGUUCUGCUGGGAAACCCUGUGUCUGGCCAUUCAUGUGGAGGACAAUUUGACACAUGCCACCUACCUAAACAUCUUUACAGACCAGGUACACCCCUUCAUGGCAAUGGUAUUCCCUGAUGGCAUUGGCCUCUUUCAGCAGGAUAAUGCUCACUUUGUUUCGGGAAUGGUUUAUGGUGUUGCCCUGGCCUCCAAAUUCCCCAGAUCUCAAUCUGAUUGAGCAUCCGUGGGAUGUGCUGGACCAAAAUGUCUGAUCCAUGGUGGCGCCACCUCACACCUUACAGGACUUUAUGGAUCUGCUGCUAAUGUCUUGAUGCCAGAUAUCACGGGACCAUUUCGGGGGUCUUGUAGAGUCCAUGCCUCAGUUGGUCGGCGCUGUUUUGUUGGUACAUGGAGGACCAACAGCAUACAAGGCACAUAACAGUCAUAAUGUUUUGACUCAUCAGUUUAGAUCAGAGUACCUUUGUUGUCAGAGUUUGUUUUGGGAAACUCUUAUGUGAAUAGCACUCAGGUCCACAUUAAAAGUUCUACUGUGAAAGCACCCUUAGACACGGUUUGCAGUGAGUGACAUAAUUUUCACCUUUGCAUGCUCCCUAUCACAAUUAUAGUGUGAUUUGUAGAGAGAGAUGAACAGGGGGAGAUAACAGAGUCUAAGAUAACAAAUCUGAACUAAACUCUAAUUAAGAAGCAUCUUGAUUAGUCUUUCUACCAAAAUCACAUAAAAUCUUUAGAGAGGUUGCAAAACUGAUCAGUAAUGGACAGACAAAUUGAAAGAUGAGCUUCUAGAGAUAACUAGAGUAGAAAUUCACUUUGCCAUUAUCAGUGCAUUAUAAGUGUGCAUGUCUUCGGUUUAUUUUAUUUUAUUUGCACAAAGACAGUCAGAGUACAUCAGCAAUACUCCAUGUGAAAAUUAUAAUUACACCUACAAGGGAGCAACACAAUCUUUCAUUAUUCACAAUGCUCUUUUUUUCUCCAACUCGUUUCAAGCUCAGAAAAGAACAUCAUAGGUCUAAUGCAUAUUCAGAACCUCUGAAUCAUUGUUUCUAUUUUUUUAACUUUAUACUCAGCAGUGGAGGAAGUUAACAGUGCAGCACUGAGAUGCUGUUUUUGUAGUGGUUCCUCUGUUGAGUUGAGGUUUUGCCAGAUUUAGAAAAAGUUUAUUGUAAAGUUAUUCUUUAAAAUAACUGAGUAUAUUCUGGGUCACUGUCCAUAUAAUGUAAAUAGAUUCUGCCCAAGAGCAGGAAAAUGGAACUAUUACUAGGCGUAGAACAGAUAAAUCCCCAAAUACAUCUCUAUUUCAGUGACCCUCAAAUAUAUGGAAAAAUACAUAAUGCAUAAACAGCUUGUUCCAACAGGAUGAGACAAGACAAUUAGGUAUGUAACUCAAAUAUAGUUGAAUGAUUCUCUUGUAACCCUACUUCCACUUCUAUUUUGAACAUUGACAGUGAACAAAUCAUUUUUAUUUACUGUGAGAUACAGAAUCAGAGAAGAGAAUCUAGAUGCAGACAAUUGAAUUUAACAAACCCCUUUGAUUGCUUCACUGCAUGCAGUAAUUAUGCACGACUAAUGCAAUGUCUCUUUUCACAUGUUUCAUUUUCCAUUUCUUUCUCCCUUUGUUCUUUUUAUUCAGGUGUGUAUCGAAGUGCUUGUAGAGAGAGAACAUCAUGUUGUGUGUGUGUGUUAGUGCCAUAAUUUUAAACCCCAUACUAGGUUAGAAAGUACAGCUUCAAAAGUCACAGAAAAUAGAUUUGGGAUUUUGAUCCAUAUAUCCAGUUCUCUUUUAACUCCCAAAAUGUAUUUGUGUUUUAAAUGGAAGAAAGAGAAAUUGAGCAUAUGGAGAAAAACAGAAUGAAAUGACAGAACAAUAGAGAUCAGGAAAAACUAAAGGUGUAGAGAAGAGCGGGAGAGAGAGCACCACUUAACAUUUUCAGUAGGAUAUUUACACUAGAUUCUUUUCAUUAAGUAGAUAUAAAUGGAACUAUAACAACAUUGUAACACCAUACUGUUGCCUUACUAUCAUAUUUUAUUAAUAUUUUGUAAUGUCUAUCCAUUGUGUUGGGUCAUGCCAGUGUAGCUAUGGAAUUUUAAGUAUUAUGAGAUUAGCAUAUGAAAGAUUUGGGUAGGAAAUAUCACUUCUUUGGUUUCAUGGGGGACCAAAUUGUAAAAUCAAGUUUAUAUCCAAUAAUAUCCAGGUUACACCUGUAAAAAAUUGUAUGUCAAUGUAACAUAUUUUGGAACACAUUUCAAUGUGUGCUCUGUUUCAAACUUUCACCGUAUUCAUACAUGAUUAGAUAUUCAUAGGUGUAUUUUAUUUGUACUGGUCACCAUACAUUGUGCCAAUCGUAAAUAUAGAAGAAGCAAAGCAUAUAACAUUAGAGGAGACAACAGCUUUAAAAAAGACAACAAUCACAUAUGGAUGUGUAAAUUGUACAAUAGAGCACAUACUUAUUCAUUACAGUGUUAAAUUGAAUCAUGUGGAAAGUGUAAACCAGUUUGAACCAGUCAGGCCAUUCUCUGUUGACCUCUCUCAUCAACAAAGCAUUUCUGUCUACAGAACUGCCACUCACUGGAUGCUUUUUGUUUUUGUCACCAUUCUGAGUAAAUUCUAGAGACUGUUGUGCAUGAAAAUCCCAGGAGAUCAGCAGUUACAGAAAUACUCAAACCAGCCUGUCUGGCACCAACAAUCAUGCCACACUCCAAAUCACUGAGAUCAAAUUUUUUUUACCCAUUCUGAUGGUUGAUGUGAACAUUAACUGUAGCUCCUGUCCUGUAUAUGCAUGAUUUUAUGCACUGCACUGCUGUCACAUGAUUGGCUGAUUAGAUAAUCGCAUGGAUGAUUGUUGGUGCCAGACAGGCUGGUUUGAUUAUUUCUGUAUCUCCUGGCAUUUUCACACAAAACAGUCUCUAGAAUUUACUCAGAAUGAUGCCAAAAACAACAAACAUCCAGUGAGCAGCAUUUCUGUGGAGGGAAAUGCCUUGUUGAUGAGAGGUCAACAGUGAAUGGCCAGACUGGUUGAAACUGACAAAGUCUAAGGUAACUGAAAACCGCUCUCUACAAUUGUGUUGAGAUGCUAUUCUAAGAUGCGGGUUGGCGCUGUUUUGGUGGCAUGAGGGGGGCCUACACAAUAUUACGCAGGUGGUUUUGAUGUUGUGGCCGAUCUGUGUUUAUGAUUAGAUAUACAGUAUGUGAUUAGAAUAUUUAUAUAUUCAUGAAGCUGUAUUACAUCUGAAUGUUACGAAUGUGACAUCUUGUGUAAUGAAUGCACUACUGUUUUAUAUAUCAUCUUUUGUAUCUUAAAUACUGGCAGAUGUGUCUGUUAAAAGAGUGGCUGACCACUGGGGGAAAUUACACUUAAGUGUAUUGUCAUAUACAUGUACAUUCAGCAGAGGUUGCUACCUAUACUGUAUGAUGAUGAGAAGCAGAAGUGUUUUUUAUUACUAUUAUAAAAUGAAUUGCUGUCCCCAAAAAUGUUUUUCUUGUACAUUCCACAGUCUAUUGUU